AUUUAUAUACCCUCUUGUGAAUUGCCUGUUCUUAUAAUGUGCCCAUUAAUCCAUUAGGAUCUUAAUGUUUUUUCUUGUAAUUUGUGGUUUAUAUAUACUGUAGACAUUUACUGCAUAUACAAUGGCUUUUCUUGUUCUUUUCAUUUUUGAAAUAAUGUGAAAAUACACAGAACAUAAAAUUUUUCAUUGUAGCAAUUUUAAAGUGAACAGUUCAGUGGCAUUUAGUUGCACAGUGUUGUGCAACCGCCACCACCAGCAAACGGGCCCUUCUGUGCCAGGCCACCUUGUGGACUUGUGGCCACGCAAUAAUUUGAUUGUCUCUGGGUCCCUGCCCACCCUGACCCAGUAGGUCAAGGCCGUCAGCAGAGGGCAGGUGGGGCGCGCGUCCUACCUGGGACAGCGGCUCAGGGAGCCCUGUGAGUGACAUGUCAACUGUACCCCUUUAUUGGUUCUUUUCUUCCAGAAAGAAUUUUCACGGUAACAGAAAUAGCCUUUCUAAAAAUUCAAAUAAUGCAGAAAAGUAUAAAGAAAAAAAGAAAAACCCAUUCAAAAUUCUACCUGCCAGCUAAUUCUUUCCUCACCUGCUUCUCUUGGCCGAAACCUCCUCGUCCUUCAGGACCUGCCUCCGCGGGUCCCGGGGCUCGGCGGAGCAGCGCCUCCCUUCCGUGGCCAGAGCCGCAUCUGCUCACCCUGGGACCAACUGUUUCCGCCUGAAUACGUCCCUUUGCUCCCCGUCAGACUGUGCGUGCUUUGGGAGCUGGAACCCUUUUCAUUGUAUUUUAUUACCUGAUACAUAGUGGUGCUCUACAAAUAUUUGUCAAAAGACCUCACGCGGUUUCAGACCUCUCUCCUGAAGUUUCUAUGUGGGUGCGUAUUUACAUGCAAUUUUAUGAAUUGGGAUCCCUAUAUACAUACAUUAGGUACAUACAUAUUGGAAAAUGCUUUUCAACACCAAACAGCCUUUGACUUAAGAGCUUAUUUUAAAUGGUAUUCUGUUACAGGAACAUAUAAUUUUUUUAGCCACUUCUUUCCUGGUGGGCAUUCAGGUUUUACCCAAUUUUUUUGUUGUUGCUGUUGUUAAAACAUCAGUGUGAUGACCGUCCGUAUACCUUUAUUUUCAUUCACAUUUCUGACUCGCUCAUUAGGAUGAAUCCUAGGAGUGAAAUUGUUUAGUCAGCAUUCUUUCAUCUUUGCCUAACUGCCUUCUGGAAGGGAUGUAGCCAUGUCCCCUCCGACCAAUAGUCUGAGUGCCUAUUUUCAUACGCUGGGUAUAAUCAAUCUUUAAGGUUUUUACAAAUAUGAUAGAAGAAAAUAACUCAUUUUAAUUUCUUAAACUUUUUGAUUGAAGUAUAGUUGAUUUACAAGGUUGUAUUAGUUUCUGGUGUACAGCAUAGUGAUUCAGUUAUACACAUAUAUUCUUUUUCAUUACAGGUUACUACAAGCCAUUGAAUAUAGUUCCCUGCGCUAUACAGUAGGACCUUGUUGUUUGUCUAUUCUGUACAUAGUAGUUUUUAUCUACCAAUCCCAAACUCCCAAUUUAUCCCUCCCUCCUCUCUUCCCUCACUGGUAACCGUAUUUGUUUUCUAUGUCUGUGAGUCUCUUUCUGUUUUGCAAAUAAGUUCAUUUGUAUCAUUUUUUUAGAUUCCAUAUAUAAGUGAUAGCAUAGAAUAUGUGUCUUUGUCUGACUUACUUCACUCAGUAUGAUAAUCUCUAGGUCCAUCCAUGUUGCUGCAAAAGGCAUUAUUUCAUUCCUUCUCAUGGCUGAGUAGUAAUCCAUUGUACAUAUAUACCACAGCUCCUUUAUCCAGUCAUCUGUCAAUGGACAUUUAGGUUGCUUCUGUGUCUUGGCUAUUGUAAAUAGUGCUGCUAUGAACAUUGGGGUGCAUGUUAUCUUUUUGAACCACAGUUUUCUCCAGAUACAUGCCCAGGAGUGGGACUGCUGGAUCAUAUAACUCAUUUUAAUUUGAAGGCAUGGUUCUCUUCAUAUUAUGGAGACCAAAUAAUAUGUCUCGUCUUCAAUCAAGACGCAUAUGAAAUUGCAAAUCAGGUAAGCUGUGUGGGGAAUUUGACCCACUUGGAAGAUGGCAGCCAAGCGGACAGAGCCGGUCACCAUCAUCAGCCUUCGGGAGUUGAGCCUGGGGACCCCAGAGCCGCAGCCAAAGGAGCCAAAGACAUUCACCGUGGAAGAUGCUGUGGAGACCAUCGGGUUCGGGCGUUUCCACGUUGCCCUGUUUCUGAUCAUGGGCAGCACAGGGGUUGCCGAGGCCAUGGAGAUCAUGUUGAUAGCGGUCGUGUCUCCUGUCAUCCGCUGUGAAUGGCAGCUGGAGAACUGGCAGGUGGCCCUAGUGACCACGAUGGUGUUUUUUGGCUACAUGGUUUUCAGCAUCCUCUUUGGCGUCUUGGCUGACAGAUAUGGCCGUUGGAAGAUUUUGCUCAUCUCGUUCCUGUGGGGAGCCUACUUCUCCUUGCUGACCUCUUUCUCCCCCUCGUACAUCUGGUUUGUCUUCCUGCGGACGAUGGUGGGCUGUGGCGUGUCCGGCCACGCACAAGGGUUAAUCAUAAAGACUGAAUUUUUGCCUACAAAAUAUCGAGGCUAUAUGCUCCCCUUGUCUCAGGUUUUCUGGCUGGCAGGCUCCCUGCUUAUCAUUGGCCUGGCCUCUGUGGUCAUCCCCACCAUUGGGUGGCGCUGGCUCAUCCGCAUCGCCUCCAUCCCUGGCAUCAUCCUCAUCAUGGCCUUCAAGUUUAUUCCUGAAUCUGCUCGGUUCAACGUCUCCACUGGGAACACCCAGGCUGCCCUGGCCACGCUGGAGCGCAUCGCCAAGAUGAACCGCUCAGUCAUGCCGGAGGGGAGGCUGGUGGAGCCCAUCCUGGAAAAAAGAGGAAGAUUUGCAGACCUAUUGGAUGCUAAAUAUUUACGGACCACGUUACAGAUCUGGGUCAUAUGGCUGGGAAUCUCUUUUGCCUACUACGGGGUCAUCCUGGCCAGCGCAGAGCUGCUGGAGCGGGACCUGGUCUGUGGCUCGCGGUCCGAGUCCGAGGCAGUGGAGACCGCGGGCGUCUCGGAGGAGAGCCAGAGCCCCUGCCGCUGCCACAUGUUUGCCCCCUCCGACUACCGGACCAUGAUCAUCAGCACCAUUGGCGAAAUUGCUCUGAAUCCUUUAAAUAUCCUGGGCAUUAAUUUCCUGGGAAGACGGCUGAGCCUUUCUAUUACUAUGGGAUGUACAGCUUUAUUCUUCCUUCUCCUUAAUAUUUGCACUUCAAGUGCUGGUCUCAUUGGCUUCCUCUUCAUGCUGAGGGCUUUGGUGGCAGCCAACUUCAACACCAUCUACAUUUACACCGCUGAGGUCUACCCCACGACGAUGCGAGCUUUGGGGAUGGGGACCAGCGGCUCCCUGUGUCGCAUUGGAGCAAUGGUGGCGCCAUUCAUAUCCCAGGUUCUUAUGAGUGCAUCAUUCCUGGGGGCCCUGUGUCUCUUCUCAUCUGUCUGUGUUGUGUGUGCCAUUUCUGCGUUUACCCUCCCCAUUGAGACCAAAGGACGGGCUCUGCAGCAAAUUAAAUGAAGGCCUGCAAACCUAUGUCUACUGGAGAAGAAAAAUGCAUCUUACAAAGAGCUGUGGCACAUUUUAAAAAAAACCUGGUUUAAUUUCUGUAUGCUACUUGGUAAUUAUGAAACUGAUGACCUAUUUUUGAAAAAUAAGGUGGUAAUUAAGAAACUGAUUACAUAUUUUUUAAGAAAUAAGGCACAUGAGAAUGAAGUGGGUUAAAUGUAUAUAUAUUGUAGCACAGGGAAAAGAUCAAUAGAGAACUCUUAUAAAAUAUACCUAAAAGUUGGAAAGGUGUGUAGAGAUGGGAAGUGGGGAAAUGGCAUUUAUUCCUUGAUAUCAAGUCUGUUAGUGUUUAUAUAUUUUCUCUGAGAUGUUUGUUUUUUAAAGCUGGUAAAAAAAGAAAAAACCUUUACUGACAUAUAAUUCACAUACCCUAGAUGUACCCUAAAAUAUUCAAUUAAGUGGUUUUAGUAUUUCUGAGCUUUUAUUCAUUCAUAUAAACUUCUUCUCAUGAGGUUUAUAGCAAAAGCUGGAUUGAAAUUUUGUAGCUAAGACAUGAAUUUGAGGUGGUAUCGCUAAAAUUAGCAUCAUUAGCAUCCUUAAAUUGUGACCUCUAUGUUUAUUAAUGCAAAUUGCUUAUUCAUAAAAUAAUAUACUUAAUUCA